GACACUACAAAAGAGAAGAAUAAAGAAGCAAAUACAUAACCUAAAUUUAAAUAGUGGUAUGUGAAUGUAUAUUUAAUAAAUCCAAUAGUAAUAAGUUUAUAUUAUGCCAGUAGACCAUAAAAGAAUAAAUGGACCGGAUGAAACUUUGCCUUAUAAUUUAUUUGCAAAGUCAAACAAAAAGUCUUCACUUCAAGAAUAUGAGGACAUUGUUAAAAAAGGAAAAAGGGGCGACUCUAGAUCUUACCUAGAGCACCGAAAGCUAUUUAUUAAAACAGGUGUUGUGAGUCAAGCUAAGGGUUCCGCUUAUAUAGAAUUAGGGAAGACCAAAGUUAUUGUAUCGGUUUUUGAUCCCCGAGAAAUUCCUAAUAGAACAGAGUAUUCUCUGAAAGGUGAAAUCUAUUGCGAAUUUAAAUUUGCACCUUUUAGUUGUAAAAAACGGCGAUUACAUCAGCAGGAUGCAGAAGAAAAGCAAUAUAGUGCUAUUAUGAAACAAGCUUUAGAAUCUACUGUUUGCCGCCAUGAAUUUCCCAACUUUCAGGUUGAUGUUUAUGCAUUAGUGUUGCACAAUGAUGGUUCUUCGCUGAGUGCUGCGAUAACAGCAGCUGGUUUGGCACUUAGUCAGGCAGGAGUUCCUAUGUAUGAUCUUAUAACUUCUAUAACCUUAGCAUUACAGAAGGACACUAUAUUAUUAGAUCCUACCAUGAAAGAACAAAACAUUUGUUACUAUCCAAUUCACAAACAAAAUGAUCAUGGUGUUAUUAUUAUAUCCAAACUUCAUUCCCAUAACCAGAUAUCGCAGUUUUAUCAGACAGGAAGUAUUUCAUUGCACAAAUUAAGUGAAGCUUUUGAAACCCUCAAUAAAAGUUGUGAAGAGAUUGUUCCUCUAGUACAGAAAUGUUUGGUUAAACAUGUUAUUAAUAAUUUAAAAAACAGUGAAGUUAGUGAUAAAUAAAAAUUGAUUAUCUAUGUUCCAUAUUUUAUUAUUUCUCACAGCAUUUCAAUUAAUAUGAAAUUUUGUAAAACUAUGUGGAGCUUUAAUCAAUAAAUUUAAAAAAAAAAAUAGUAGGAAAUCGGGAGUUAUUUCCGUUAUUACUUAAUCCAUGUUUUAUUUCAGAGAUGAACGAAUAAUAUAUCCAAAAUCUCUAGAAACUCCAUUUAUUAAUUACCAUAUUCCAUUAUAUGACUUGUAUAUUAUUGUAUUCAAAAAUUAUAGAUUUUUGAAUUGUAGUUCUACUAUAUAAUUUGUAAUAAUUUGGAAAUUGCAGAAUAUCAAUAAAUAUAUUUUAAAGUUUCAUCAAUACCUUUAAA